UGAGAAGUUGAACAGAAACGGCAGUUUGGUGUCUAAACCCAAUUGACUAAUCAAAGCUGGAUUUCUAAUGCUUCUCGAUGGCGUGCGGUUUUCUUGUGAGUAAGCGAGGAAAAGAAACGAUCUUCGAUCCCAUCGAUGCCAAGAGAUGGAAGCUCCAUCAGAGAUGCUGCUUCGGGGUAAAGCAAAUGGUGAUUCUGACCAAGGGUUGACACUCUACCCAAUCCAAUUGCUUGAAGCAGCCAGAAUAUUCCUCGUCGCUUCUCCCUGAAACUCUGUUGACCGCGCACAUUUGCGACUUCAAUCCCCCAAGCCAGGUUCUCUACUUCUCACACCCACGGACAACUGCCGCUGAUUAGAGUAUCGUGAUGGCGCUCGCCGUUCUCUCGGACGAAGAUAUUAGGGGUCUCCUCGAGUCGCUUAGCCUCGAGGAAGCUGAAGGGUUCUCCUUUUCUCUGAAGAGCGCGCUGCAUGAAUAUUCUACUGGGACACAGUCGAUCGAGUCAGGCUUGAUCCAUCAGCCAGACAGGACGACCAUUCAUUCCAACGCUUCGAAUUCGACGACACUUUUCGUACCCUCGUGUAGUGUCGCAGGACAUGGUGUCAAAGUCAUGACCGUCCCCUCGCCAGAGGCCGAUCCCUCUCAUACCGUGAAGCCCACUGGUUCCUUGACCCUCUUCUCGCCGUUGGGUGCACCGAUUGGCUUCCUACAUGCGCAGACCCUGACUGCAUUCCGAACUGCACUGGCGUCAACCUGUCUCCUGCAGAAGCGACAGCGCGUGCAGACCAUCACGGUCUUCGGUUCGGGACUGCAGGCAUACUGGCACAUCCGAUUGGCGCUGAUGUUCCGCGGCCCCACGAUCCGCCAUGUCUACGUGAUCAACCGCCGCUUCAGCGAGAACGCCAAGAACAUCCUCAACAAGUUCUAUGCCGUGCACGCCGACACAAAGACGAGGGAGGGCUGGGAGCACACGAAAUUCAGCAUGCUGACGCCCGGCUAUGGCGAGUUCCACCGCCUGCUGAAGGAUCACGUCAGGGAGUCCGACGUGAUAUACUGCACCACGCCUAGCAGGGAUCCCCUGUUCGAGGGCAGCAUCCUCACGAGCCACGAGGGCAGGCGGAAGGGCAGGCUUAUAAUCGCCGUGGGCAGCUACACCCCAGAUAUGCGGGAAUUGCCCACGGAGUUGUUACAGCAGGCAGUGAAGAGCCACAAGGGAACGCAUUUCCACAAGCAUGCGAUCGAGGGCGGUGUGAUCAUCGUAGAUACGCUGGACGGUGCCCUCAAAGAGGCGGGUGAAGUCAUCGAGGCGCAGUUGGAACCGAAACAACUUGUCGAACUCGGAGAGCUGGCGAUGAUCCAAAAAGCUCGCAUGGCAGAAGAGGAAGAAUCCAUGGCCUCGGGGUCGACUCGGGGCUCCACCGAUAUCUCGUCAGAUAUGGACUCGCUGUCCCUGGGCACGACCGGCAGUUCGGCCAUAUCGACCGUCUUCGGGUCCUCAGCAUCCAAGGAUACCGCAGACUCCAGCCUUCCAUCCAGUCCAGCUCGUUCACAUCACGGCGGGUUCUUCCACAAGCGCCGGAGUUCCAGCCGGGGGUCGGUUGACCGGGGCAAGCAGAACCGAGACGACCACUUGGCCCGGUGGUUGACGAGUGGGAAUGUGAUCUACAAGAGCGUCGGCUUGGGGUUGAUGGAUCUGGUCGUUGGCAUGGAGAUCAUCAAGUUAGCGAGGGACAGAGGUGUAGGGACUCAGGUUGAGAGUUUCUCGUAGGACGAGCAUCAUUCUCCCUUGGCGCCUUACCUUGGAGUUGAGACGAUUUCAAAGGAUGUGGUGAAUAUCUGCUUGAAUGGCAUGCUGUGUCCCAUGAUGAAGAGAGUCCGGGCGAAAUUGCUGCAGAUGGGCAAACAAUUUAGCGAUUAGAUGAUUAGAUGAUUAGAUGCCACAAAAGUUUCGGAGAUGUUGAUGUAUAUCUACAAGAUACCGAAACUUAAACAAAACAAAAAAUAGACA